AGAGAGGAUGGCAGAAACAUGGUUAGUGUUGGCUCCUUCAUGCAGCCAGCGGCAGCUUUUGUUUUUGGACAAUAGUAAUACUGGACACAAACAUAGAAAGAUUUGCGCGCGGGAGGAGGAAGACGCACCGGAUCUGCAGCGCUGGCCCUAGCGCUUGAUUUUCGUUUGUUGUGCUGCAGCCGGGCGAUUCACGAGUCGUCCGCUCGGUUCUCUUUCCUCCCAUUUCUCCUCCUCCUCUGAAAUUUUGCUGUCCUCCCCGAGGAGCUCCUCCUCUGGGAUAUCCUCCUCCGCCUGCCGGCAAAGUACUUCCUCCGCUGCGGCGCGGUCUGCCGCUCCUGGCGCCAGCCGUCGCUCCCGCUGCUCUUCUUCCUCCCAAAGGACCCACGUCCAUGGCGCGGUCGACGCCUUCGACAUCCGGCGAACCCCCGCCGUGCGCCGGCCCGUCCUCGGGUUCGAAGACUAUUCAAGCCGCCGUGGCUUCACCAUCCACGCCUCCUGCGACGGCCUCCUCCUCCUGUCCCUCGGGAACCACCGCUUCUACUUCUGCAACCCGGCCACGCGCUCCCGGAUCUGACCGGCGGCGACGUCGCCGCUCUGCACCCUCACCGCCCCUCCGGCUCUACUCGAGGCACACAGGGCGCAAUUGCGACAGUACAGUCUUCCACGUCCUCACUGUCUCCUUCUCCGGGGCACCGAGGUGCAUCGGGCUGCCUGUGGCCUCACCGGCCAUGAAGGAAUUGCCGAACCAGUGGUUUAUUCGCGCCUGCACGCACCGGCCUGUCCUGCUACACGACUGCCUGCACUGGCACCUUGGUAGCAACUUCUUCGACGGCAAGGUACUGGUUUUCGACACUCUGGUUGAGUCAUUCAGGUUGAUGCAGUCUCCCAUAGCCAACAGAUCAGUACGUUUGCUUGAGAUAGACGGUACACUUGGCAUCAGCCAUAUAGAUUAUGCUACCACUAUGGCAGAAUUAUGGGUGCUGCGAGACUACAAGAUGGAGGUAUGGUCAUUAAAGUACAGGGUUGUAUUGUCUGUGGCGGAGACGAGGGAACAUUUCCGUAUGGGGUCCCUGCUUUAAGCGGAAAGGUUGUGUCUGAGAAUGGAGAUAUGCUGGUAACUAGUGAGCGUCUUUGCUACCCCAACCUGUUUCACUGUGAGAGCAACGGCAAGUUGCUGGAGAAAUACCAAUGGCAGGGUGAAGUUCCAAGGGUUCUUGGGCUCUGUUUCAAAGAAAGCCUUAUAAGGCAUGCGUUCUUCCAGAGGAAAAAUGGCAGACGUGGGAGGGUGCCACGUUUUUUCCGAGGACUGUAGGAGCAUUGGUGCUCCUUCAUGGUCUCCAUGCUUACCUUCGUGAGUAUCUAGAAAUAAUUUCUAUCUUGGAAGCUUGAACUAAGCAACUUGUUUUUCUGUCUUGUGCAUUUCAUGUUAAGACCAUUUCAUAAUGCCUGUUCGAAUUCCUAUUUCCUGUAUUGCUGCUCUAUUACAUAUGCAGAUAAUAUAUAUAUCCUUACAGAACA